GACUCUUAUAUAUAAAGUGUCUGUCUUUUUAGACGCAAACGUGUUUACUUUCUUUUUCUUCCUUCUUCUUUUUCUUUGUUUCAUCAUCUACGCUACUUGGCUAAAACACUUGAUUGAUGGACGGCAUCCGCAAACAACUUCGACGACUUCCACCAGCCGCGGUGAUCAAGGUCUUGCGCAAAGUCUUUGCUUAUCCAGCACCUGCCGCGCGCAUGAUCUUGAACGAUAUCACUCGUCCACGUAAAACGCAUAAGCCCUGGAUCCACAAGGUAUCCUGGAACAACGCAUGGUCCGGAUGUUGGAUUGGCGAACAAGUACACAAGCUCGACGCGAUCGCCUUGCAAAGACGUAUCGAUCAAGCUGACAUUAUCUUCUUCAACGUCCACGGCGGCGGAUUCCGCCUGGGAACAUCCACGAUGUACAUGGACACCUAUAUCCGGUGGAUCACUUUCCUCAAAAAGAAGUACAAUUUAAAAGCCCUCAUCAUGUCUAUUGACUAUCGACUGGCACCCGAGUACAAGUAUCCUAGUCCGGUGGAGGACGUUGUGAAAGCAUAUGAGCAUUUGGUGCAAACGAUGGGUGUUGAUCCGGGAAGAGUGGUUAUUACGGGCGACUCGGCUGGAGCUUCAUUGUUGCUAGAGAUGUUGUUCUUGACGCACGAUCCAUCCAUGUUCGAAAUUGUGACGGAUGAUCCAGAAGAGGAGGAUAUGGGUGGACCCAUGGUGAGCGAGUUGCCACGACCAGCAGGCGCCGUGUUUGUCUCGCCUCUGGUCACCGACGAAACAACGUCAGAAUCAUGGCGCGAAAACGUCAAAUACGAUUUCAUUUCACAACACACAGCCAAGGUCAUCAAACGCGAUUAUUUCGAAAAGACACCCAACGAUCCCGAUGGUCCUACGGAGGCAAGCCCUAUUCUCGGCAUCGCCAAGCUGCAAACUGGCUUCCAUGCCUUCUUGCCCCAACAGGUGCUCAUGUACAUUGGCAACAAGGAGGUGCUACGAGAUGAUGCGCUGGAUCUAGCAGAAAAGGCUGAGCAGGAUGGUGUGCAAUGGGAAAGUGUUGUCGAAGACUGUGUGCAUGAUUGGUUCUGUGUGCGGGAAGUCGUCAAGGACAAGGCAAUGCUGGACCGUGCAGACACCGUGUUUGCUGAUUUUUGCUAUCGUAGCGUGAUUGCGCCACGUGAAGGACGUGUCCUCGAUUCUUUAUCGGCUCGUCGUACGAGCGAAGGUUUGGAAGCUGUUCCAGAAGAUAAUGAAGAAGGUGACGAUGAUUCUUCAAGUGACGAGUUUCACGAAGCAUUAUCCACGACGGAUACGGAAUUGGAAGCGCAAGUACUUAGAAAGUUGGAAGACCAAUUACCGACUGCCAAAAGCUCGACAUUGACAGUUUAUGUCUAGUUCUUAUACGUAUUUAUUGCGGUUAGCACACACACACACACACACAUUUUCAUCCGAUUAAUCACUAACGCAUCUAAACACACUAUCUCGCAACGUACUCAUCCAACCUUACAAAUCUCUUUUAUAUUAGCAUUUUCAAAAAGAUAUAUGACCUGCAAUUUUACUUGUUUCGACAAUGUUUCUCCUCCAACUUCCCGCAUUUCUUUUUUUUCUUUUAUCACCUUCUAGCGUUGAACUUUGUUCCUCCCUUCCUUUUUUUGCAUUUUUAAUAUCCUUAUUUGGCUGUACAUAGAAAUACUAUUAAUCUUUUCUUUUUCACAUGAAAGUGCAAACCCUACCUAUUGUUGUCAAAUUUCCCAUAUCCACCGCGGAUAUGGUAAUCACAGCUAAUUGGCUACUAAGGCGUGUGUAAAAGACUGCAGAGAUUUUCAGAUGACAUUGUCUCUUCGCUAGCUUGUACAAGAUAAACAUACGUUGCAGAUCGCCUGUCUUGUGC